UUCGGCCAUACAGCUACAUCAAUUACUACAUUAUCCGGUAUAUUAGGUACGCAAGUUUAAGUGUUGAAGAGAGAGCAGCAAUGUCUAUCGAAGCUCUAGCAAUGGCAGGGGCCGAUUACAUAGAAUGUGGCAUCGACGUUGAACUCUGGGAGAACGGUGGAAAGGAGGAGCAGCCACCGGUUUAUCUUCUCGCCGAUAAAAUCUCCGGUAGCGUUGAGGUUGAGAGGAAGGGCCGUAGCGAUGAGAAGGAACGGAUGGUGAAAGCCAAAAUGCUCCAAUGGGCUAAACUUGUUGCUUCUAUGAAUGAGACAGCGGUUCAGUUGAAAAGGACCCCUGGCUUUAGCUAGCCAGGUAGUUAUAAUUGUCAUUUUGAAUGAAAAUAUGAAGGUCUUGGAUCAAUAUGCCAUCCUUUUGAAAACCUUUAAAUCAAUGAAGAAGUUUUGUUAAUGAUGAUGAUGAUCUCAGCUCUCUCUAGUUCAGCGUUCUCCCCACCAUAUUAAUUUCAAACAGAUCUUUAACAGGGCAAUGCAUGAGUAAUGAAUUGAAAAGCAACAA